GCCGUUGUCGUAUCUUUGAUCACGUGUUGUGUGCCAUCUAAAUGCCAGGGAGGCUUGAUCAUGAAACUGCAAUGUAAGGGCAUUCCCAUGAGUACAAGAAAAGGCUGAAGGAACAGGGACGUCCUCAUAACCUCAAAUCUUCUUCAGAUUUGUGAUUCUUCGCAACAAAUUUCACAGAUCUCCCUAUGCCUAAGAGGCAUUGCAAGUUCUUUGCUCGCGGAGCAUGUACCAAAGGGGACCAGUGUGAAUACUCUCAUGACAGAAAGAAUCCUUCAAUCAAUAUUUGUAGGUUCUAUCAGAAAGGCACAUGUGCUUUUGGUGGUCAAUGCAAAUAUAAACAUAUCCAAACUUCUCAGGCACAAUCUUUGGAACAUGGAAGCCAGCUCCUGAAUUUUGAUAGACAUGGAAAGAGUAUAAAACUUGAGCAUCAAGAUUACCAAAAGAAUUAUGAUGCCAGCGAACCCAGUACUGCUUUACCAUCAAGAAAAAAGUGUUCUUGUGUUCCUGGAGAACUAUGUGUUUACUGUAAAAAGUUCUGUCUGUAUCAUUCUGAACCAAAUGAAAAAGAGGAGCAUUUGCAAAUCUGUGGGAAAAAGGAAAAGUACCUUGAGGUUUUGAAUAAAAGUCAAGAAAUAGAGUGCAGGAUUUGCUAUGAACGUGUUCUUUCAAAGCCUAAAGCAGAUGAAUGUAAGUUUGGUAUUCCUUCUGCGUGCAAUCAUCCUUUCUGUUUAUCAUGUAUCAGGAAUUGGCGUAGUAGUUCUCCAACCUCAUUUAUAAAGUUACCGGCCAAUAGAAAUGUGAAGACCUGCCCCAUAUGCCGGAAGUUAUCAUAUUACGUGAUUCCAAGUACUGUCUGGUAUUUUACAAUGGAAGAGAAACAGGAAAUUAUUGGCAACUACAAGACAAGCUGCAAGUUGAUUAAUUGCAAGCAUUUUGACUUGGGAAACGGAUAUUGUCCCUUUAGGAAUAAUUGUUUCUACAGGCAUACAGUGAAGCCUGGUUCAUAUACAUGGAUACAUCACAAACCACCACCAGCUCCACCCAGAUCAUAUCUGGAUUUGCCAAGUCAAGAAUUUCCUCCAAAUUUAGAGCUUUUCAAUGAGAUGUAUCCUUCAGAGAUAAGGGGUUUACCAGGGACACUGGUUAAUUCAAUGCAGUUUGAUGCUGACACCUCAAAUGAUGAAACUGACCCUUCCUUUGGCUUGGCUGCUAUGUCUGAAGUUUUAGAUUCUAAUUCAGACGCCAUUGAUUCUGAAGACUUGAAUCUAUUUGAGAUUAUGCCAUUAACUCAUCAGGGUCCGGAUGGUUCAUGGUGGUUUGGUAUUGAAGGUUUUGAUGAUCAAGCAAUGGGUGUUGUGCCUUCUGUAGCGGGGCAGGGUGGUUCAUCUUUGUCUGUUCCUGAUAUGCCCCCAUCAGAGACACUUGGUAGUUCGUCGGGUCAUGAAGAUCCUAAAGUAUCAAAUAAUGAAGAGCAGAAUCCUGCUGAGCCAUCAUGAUUCUCCAUGAUGCUGCAUUCUAGUGUGAAAUGAGGGGAAUUGUUGAAUCUUUAGCUUCUUUUUUUUUGGGGGGGGGGUUGACAUUUGAGA